GUCCUCCCGGAGAGGCGGACGGCCCGGCGUCCGCGGUGACUUCAGCGGCCUGCUUGGGUUUAUUAUUUUCAAAUUUCUGAAUCCAGCUAGAGGGAGAGAGAGCGAGGGAUCUCCGUAGACUGCGACUCACUGGCUCUCGCUCCGAGAUGAUGCAGAGCGCGGCUGUCCCCGCGGAGGGGGCUGUCAAGGGGCUCCCGGAGAUGCUCGGUGUGCCGAUGCAACAGAUCCCACAGUGUGCUGGCUGUAACCAGCACAUCCUGGACAAGUUCAUCCUGAAGGUUCUGGACAGACACUGGCAUAGCUCCUGCCUCAAGUGUGCAGACUGCCAGAUGCAGUUGGCAGACAGGUGCUUCUCCAGGGCCGGGAGUGUCUACUGCAAGGAGGAUUUCUUCAAGCGCUUUGGCACAAAAUGCACGGCCUGCCAGCAGGGCAUCCCCCCGACACAGGUGGUCCGCAAAGCCCAGGACUUCGUCUACCACCUGCACUGCUUUGCCUGCAUCAUCUGCAACCGGCAGCUGGCCACGGGGGAUGAGUUCUACCUCAUGGAGGAUGGGCGGCUGGUGUGCAAGGAAGACUACGAGACAGCCAAACAGAACGAUGACUCAGAGGCUGGAGCUAAGCGGCCACGGACUACCAUUACAGCAAAGCAGCUGGAGACACUAAAAAAUGCCUACAAGAACUCCCCCAAGCCUGCCCGGCAUGUGCGGGAGCAGCUUUCCUCUGAGACAGGCCUGGACAUGAGGGUGGUACAGGUUUGGUUUCAGAACAGAAGGGCCAAGGAGAAGCGCCUGAAGAAGGAUGCAGGGCGGCACCGGUGGGGACAGUUCUAUAAGAGUGUCAAGAGGAGCCGGGGAGGCAGCAAGCAGGAGAAGGAGAGCUCUGCAGAGGACUGUGGGGUUAGUGACAGUGAGCUGAGCUUCCGAGAGGAUCAAAUUCUCUCAGAACUUGGCCACACCAAUAGGAUUUAUGGCAACGUGGGGGACGUUACAGGCGGACAGUUAAUGAAUGGGAGCUUCUCCAUGGAUGGGACAGGACAAUCCUAUCAGGACUUGAGGGAUGGGAGCCCCUAUGGAAUCCCCCAGUCUCCAUCCUCCAUAUCGUCCCUGCCAUCCCACGCUCCUUUGCUCAAUGGGCUGGAUUACACGGUGGACACUAACCUGGGCAUCAUUGCACAUGCAGGGCAGGGAGUAAGCCAGACGCUGAGAGCCAUGGCUGGGGGACCCACCUCUGACAUCUCCACAGGAAGCAGUGUAGGCUAUCCCGACUUUCCAACUAGUCCAGCUUCUUGGCUCGAUGAAAUGGAUCAUCCUCCUUUUUAAACUUCUCCUCUCCCUACCAUACCUGUCCAUCUGGCUUGAGAGAAUAUCUUCAAGAAUCAAAAGAGACUUGCCUCUUAAGGAUCAAGGUGCGCCAAUGUGAAAUUCCAUUAUUUUCAAUGGAAGUCUUCCUCUGAUUUUAGAAGUCUGUGAGGCCACACUAGGGCAUUGCUUUCUUGGGAGGUGGUGGAAGAGUAGCACUCAUCUCAGCCACAGCACAGGGGUGGACACUCUAGAGCUCUAGGGAUGCUGGCUUGUUGGCUUCCUCCUCUCCCACCCUGCUUAGAGGCUUUGGCUGCUCAGUGCUUUGACAGCACAAGGUGACUGUAACAGGCUACCUGGCCGGUGGGAACUAUGUUCCAUCUGGUGCAUCUCAUACCUCCCAAACCACUGCUCCCACCAAAAUGAGAUUCCCGCAGCAGAGGCACCUGCAUAUAAUGAUUUUUGGAUGAUACUACUUUUCAAAAUAAAAGUUAGUUAUUAAAGGUCAGUAAAAAUAUUGAUGGCCACAGUUUGAUA